AUGAUAUCAUUUAAUCAUCCCAAUGUGAGCGAAUUUAAAAUCCAAGGAUUUACUGACAUCCCUGAACUUAAGCUACCGCUUUUCUUCUUGUUCCUUCUCUUUUACCUCAUCAUUAUAUUUGGCAACAUGGUAAUUUUCGCAGCAAUUUUCUAUGAGAGUCAUCUUCACACCCCUAUGUAUUUAUUUUUAAUGAACUUGUCUAUAAAUGACAUCUCAUUAACCUCAACAGUUCUACCUAAUAUGUUACAAAAUCUCAUCACACGCCAUAAGGACAUAUCGUUCGCCGGCUGCUUGGUUCAGAUGUAUAUUUACACAUCUUUGCUCUGCAGUGAGGUCCUCCUUUUGGCAGCUAUGGCGUAUGAUCGCUAUGUGGCCAUCUGCCAGCCUCUUCAUUAUGUUCUUCUUAUGAGCCUAAGACAUUGUGCUUAUUUCAUAGUGGCCUCAUGGACCAUUGGAUUUGUGACCAUUGCAGGAUAUCCUAUCCUUAUAUCUAAGCUACCAUUUUGUGCUUCAUAUCUUAUUAACCAUGUUUUUUGUGACUUGAGCCCACUGAUAAAGCUGUCAUGUGGACCUGCAUUUAAUGUUGAACUGUUGACCUAUAUUGAAGGGACACUUGUGGGAUUUAGUUGCUUUUUAUUUAUAUUGCUUUCUUAUAUUUGUAUUAUUUCUUCCAUUCUCAAACUCAAAUCAUCAGAAGGUAGAAAAAAAGCAUUCUCUACCUGUGCCUCACACCUCACCUGUGUCACUAUGUAUUACGGGACAAUAAUCAGUCUGCACAUGAGACCCUCUUCAAACUAUUCACCAAUCUUGGACAAAUAUUUUUCACUUAUAAAUAUUAUUCUGGUUCCUAUGCUAAAUCCUGUAAUUUAUAGUUUUAAAAAUCAGGAGGUUAUAAAUGCUCUAAUAAAACUAAAACAAAUACACAUUUAG